CGGAGCCGGAGCCCGAGCCGGAGCCGGGGCCGGGCCGGCGCCAUUGCGCGCGCGCCGCGGCGGGGAGAGCUGGGCGCGGGGCGGCGGGCCGGGCCAGGCCAUGCGGGCCGAGUGAGCCGGCGCCCGCAGCCCGCGGCGCGGCAUGGCUUCCCCGCGGAGCCCCGGGCAGCCCGGGCCGCCGCCGCCGCCGCCGCCGCCGCCGCCGCCCGCGCGCCUGCUGCCGCUGCUGCUGCUGCCGCUGCUGCUGCUGCCGCUGCGGGCGCCCGGGGCCUGGGGCUGGGCGCGGGGCGCCCCCCGGCCGCCGCCCAGCAGCCCGCCGCUCUCCAUCAUGGGCCUCAUGCCGCUCACCAAGGAGGUGGCCAAGGGCAGCAUCGGGCGCGGCGUGCUGCCCGCCGUGGAACUGGCCAUCGAGCAGAUCCGCAACGAGUCGCUCCUGCGCCCCUACUUCCUGGACCUGCGGCUCUACGACACGGAGUGUGAUAAUGCGAAAGGAUUGAAAGCCUUCUACGACGCAAUAAAAUAUGGACCGAACCACCUGAUGGUGUUUGGGGGCGUCUGUCCGUCUGUCACGUCCAUCAUCGCCGAGUCCCUCCAAGGCUGGAAUCUGGUGCAGCUGUCCUUUGCUGCCACCACACCUGUGCUCGCGGAUAAGAAAAAGUACCCGUACUUCUUCCGGACGGUGCCCUCGGAUAACGCGGUGAACCCGGCCAUCCUGAAGCUGCUGAAGCACUUCCGGUGGAAGCGAGUGGGAACCCUGACGCAGGACGUGCAACGCUUCUCUGAGGUGAGGAACGACCUGACCGGGGUCCUCUAUGGUGAGGAUAUCGAGAUCUCUGACACAGAGAGCUUCUCCAACGACCCCUGCACCAGCGUCAAAAAGCUGAAGGGCAAUGACGUCCGCAUCAUCCUGGGCCAGUUCGACCAGCACAUGGCUGCCAAGGUGUUCUGCUGCGCUUAUGAGGAGAACAUGUUCGGCAACAAAUACCAGUGGAUCAUCCCCGGCUGGUACGAGCCGCUGUGGUGGGAGCAGGUGCACACGGAGGCCAACUCCUCCCGCUGUCUCCAGAGGAACCUGCUGGCGGCCAUGGAGGGCUACAUCGGUGUGGACUUCGAACCCCUGAGCUCCAAGCAGAUCAAGACCAUCUCAGGGAAGACUCCACAGCAGUAUGAGCGAGAGUACAACAACAAGCGCUCGGGUGUGGGGCCCAGCAAGUUCCAUGGCUACGCCUACGACGGCAUCUGGGUCAUCGCCAAGACGCUGCAGAGGGCCAUGGAGACGCUGCACGCCAGCAGCCGGCACCAGCGGAUCCAGGACUUCAACUACACGGACCACACGCUGGGCAAGAUCAUCCUCAACGCCAUGAAUGAGACCAACUUCUUCGGUGUCACGGGUCAAGUUGUGUUCCGGAAUGGAGAGCGAAUGGGAACCAUUAAAUUUACUCAAUUUCAAGACAAGCAGGAGGUGAAGGUGGGAGAGUACAACGCCGUGGCUGACACCCUGGAGAUCAUCAACGACACCAUCAGGUUCCAAGGAUCCGAGCCCCCGAAGGACAAGACCAUCAUCCUGGAGCAGCUCCGCAAGAUCUCCCUCCCCCUCUACAGCAUCCUCUCCGCCCUCACCAUCCUGGGAAUGAUCAUGGCCAGCGCCUUCCUCUUCUUCAACAUCAAGAACCGGAAUCAAAAGCUGAUAAAGAUGUCCAGUCCGUACAUGAACAAUCUGAUCAUCCUGGGAGGAAUGCUCUCCUAUGCUUCCAUAUUUCUUUUUGGCCUUGAUGGAUCCUUUGUCUCCGAAAAGACCUUUGAGACACUUUGCACUGUCAGGACCUGGAUCCUCACGGUGGGCUACACCACAGCCUUCGGGGCCAUGUUCGCCAAGACCUGGAGGGUCCACGCCAUCUUCAAGAACGUAAAGAUGAAGAAGAAGAUCAUCAAGGACCAGAAAUUACUCGUGAUUGUCGGGGGCAUGCUGCUGAUCGACCUGUGCAUCCUCAUCUGCUGGCAGGCCGUGGACCCCCUGAGAAGGACAGUGGAGAAGUACAGCAUGGAGCCGGACCCAGCGGGACGGGACAUCUCCAUCCGCCCCCUCCUGGAGCACUGUGAGAACACCCACAUGACCAUCUGGCUUGGCAUCGUCUAUGCCUACAAGGGUCUUCUCAUGCUGUUCGGCUGCUUCUUAGCCUGGGAGACCCGCAACGUCAGCAUCCCGGCGCUCAACGACAGCAAGUACAUCGGGAUGAGCGUCUACAACGUGGGCAUCAUGUGCAUCAUCGGGGCCGCUGUCUCCUUCCUCACCCGGGACCAGCCCAACGUGCAGUUCUGCAUCGUGGCCCUGGUCAUCAUCUUCUGCAGCACCAUCACGCUCUGCCUGGUGUUCGUGCCCAAGCUCAUCACGCUCAGAACAAACCCUGACGCCGCCACUCAGAACCGACGGUUCCAGUUCACGCAGAACCAGAAGAAGGAAGAUUCCAAAACGUCCACCUCAGUCACCAGCGUGAACCAGGCGAGCACGUCGCGGCUGGAGGGGCUGCAGUCGGAGAACCACCGCCUUCGAAUGAAGAUCACUGAGCUGGACAAAGACUUGGAAGAGGUCACCAUGCAGCUGCAGGACACGCCCGAGAAAACCACCUACAUCAAACAGAACCACUACCAAGAGCUCAACGACAUCCUCAGCCUGGGCAACUUUACUGAGGGCACAGAUGGGGGAAAGGCCAUUUUGAAAAAUCACCUCGAUCAAAACCCUCAGCUACAGUGGAGCACAACAGAGCCCUCCCGGACCUGCAAAGAUCCGAUCGAAGACAUCAACUCCCCAGAGCACAUCCAGCGCCGGCUGUCCCUCCAGCUCCCCAUCCUCCACCACGCCUACCUCCCGUCCAUCGGAGGCGUGGACGCCAGCUGCGUCAGCCCCUGCGUCAGCCCCACCGGCAGCCCCCGCCACAGACACGUGCCCCCCUCCUUCCGAGUCAUGGUCUCGGGCCUGUGAGGGCUGAGGUGGGGGGGCGCGCCCGGGGCCCGGGCCUCCCCAGGGCGGAACCGCACACAGCGGCGACACUGUGGGCUCUGGCUGCGGAGAAGCUGGCGCCAGACCAGCCUUGCCGGACUGCUCGGUGGGCACUCAGGUGGACAGUGGGGCGGGGGUGGGGGGCACUUGGCACUUGACCUUGAGCCUUAUUUGUGAAGUUUUUAUUCUUUCCCCAAGAAGAGGAAUGGAGAUGGCUUCUUCCUUGGCGUCGGCAAAGCAGGAUUGAGCUGGGCUAUGUGAAAACUUUGCAAAAAAAAAAAAAAGACACACAACAAAAUCCAGGCAAGGAGAGAGUGGCUGGAAGUCCAGUGGAGGUCACGGAGGGGCUCUGAGCAGCUCGGGCAGAAGCGAGGGGCUUCCGGAGAAACGGUCUCGGCCUCUGCACACACAUCCCUGGCUGUGGCCUCCCCCCACCCCCCACCAGCCCAGUCCCUGUCCCCUCCGGGGAAGGAGGCGGGCAGGGCCACCAGGCCCCCAGCUGCCCGUGCAGUCAACCCCAGCUUCCUGCAGUCAGGAGGGCUCGGAGGGGCGGGGGCGGGGGCCAGUCCAGGGCUGGGGUCCACGCCCGCUACCCCUCUGAGCAACGCCACACACAAACACAAUAAUACCCGUUCUGGGACUGUGGGGAUUUAGGGCGCGUGGCUGCAGACGUGCUCUGCGGCCUCCACUCCCGUCGGGCACAUCCUGGUGUGUGCUCGGGGGGUUCCCGGUAAUAAGGGGGCCCGCCGGAGCUCAUCACGGAAUGUCUGUUCCCACCACACCCCGACAGGUAGACUGUGCACUUUAACCUCCCUCGCAAAGGCCCGAGGGCUGGCUGGCAGGAGGUGGGGGUCCCUUUCCCCACUGACUUUGUUUCUGACCAAAGUGAAUAGGGGGGGACAUGCUGCUUAGAAGACACCGGGGGGGGGGGGCCGCAGGGGAGAGAGUGGGCCGAGGGCCCCCCUGGGCUUCCAGGAGGUUCCUUCCUUCCCUCCCUCCCCGCCCAGGCCCCCCCCGGGGGGACGGUGGGGGAUGCUCACUAGGUAAAGGCUCUUCCCUUUCCACGGAACCCCACGAGUGCAACAGACUCGAGCUCCCCCCCCCCCCCGCCCCGACUCCACUAUGGAUUCCCCUUCCCAACCCCCACCACCCCGCCACGUGGGACCUUGGGCAAGUCACUCGUGUUUCUCUGAGCCUCCGUUUCCCCACCCCCUCCCCCACCUCUCUCUCACAAAUUGGGGUUGAAAUAAUACCCAUCCUGCCUACCUCACAGGGUCACUCUGAGGGUCAAAACUUGAUCUCGUCCAGGAAAGCUUCGUACCAAACUGUGAAGCCGCCCUGACCCGUGAGGUAACACUGUUGUCACAACCAACUGGCCCCCGGUCCGCCGGGCUGUGGUCCAGAGAAGGUCCCAGCACAGAGCCCUCUGCCAGGACCCGAGCCCGGCUGGGAAGAGGUGCCCAAGGAUUUCUGUGACAUUCCUAGACAGGUUCAUUCUUGCAAAAAAAAAAAAUAAUAAUUAAUAAGUAAGAUUAAAAAGCCUGACUGGCAAGGUCCAGGACGUCUGCACAGCUGAGCGGCCUCGCUCACUCCCUGGAAACCCUAAGGGCGGCUUCCACGGGUAGGCAAUAAUCUCCCCGCCCCACGGGGCAGGGCCACUCUGCUCACGCCACCAGGCUUCGACGAAAAGGCCCGGGAACCUCACCCUCGCCAACAUUUCACAACACCCGGUUUCAUGUAGCUUCCCCUCCCCUUGAGAGAGGUCACGGAGGUUCUGUAGCUUUUAGGGACAAAAACAAACAAACAAACAAGCAAACAAAAAAUAUUAACACAUCACAGGUCAAGUGGAAGUCACUCUCUGUUAAAGCACUCAAACCCGGUGUUGUCCCUCACUGUGUAUGACCAGUAUUUACCCGCUCUCUUGAUUUCACUCUGGCCAGAUUUCAUUUAAAGGACCAUGUUCAUUUUUUUUUUCCAAAGGGAAAGAGACAAUUCAUUGUACAUAACGUAUGCGCACACACACACACACACACACACACACACACACACACACACACACACACACACACACCCCGACACACACACACAGAGACAAUACCCAUAGAAUUCUUCUCCCCACAUCGCAGAAACAAACAACAAAGAAGCAAAAGUAUUGGGCCGUGGGGGGUGAGUGUGUGUGUCCGUAACCUGUUGUGACUUCCAACAUGCAGUCUUCUAGGUCCACACACACACAACAAAAGUACAUUCUCUGUCUUGAUGAUACUGUAGGUUCACCCAUUUUUUUUUAAUUUCCCCCCAAAUAACAAGACCCACAGACAGAAACGACUCUAGCUGUUUAACGGUUCCGUUCUUUUAUACGCAGCAAACACACCGAACAUUUCUGAAGAGGCUUCGUCCAGAAGGUGUUUUUUCCAAUGAUGUUAGCACACAAACGCUUUAAAUUAGACUGGAACUGCCAGACUCAAAUGUAAAUGAGGAAUUUCUCGGACCCCUAUUGCAUGGUAUCGAUUUUUAAUAAAUUGUUGCAAAUUUGUUUUUAUGAAUAAAAGGUUAAAAAUG